AUGAAUGAUCUUCCCAUAUCAUUAUUUUUAUCAUCACGUGCUAUAGACUUAACCCAUGUCAUUACUGAAAGCAUGCCAACAUGGGAAGAAGGUCAAGGUUUUUCCCAAAAACAAACACAUUUUGCAGAUGUUGAUGGUUUUGCUAUACAUCAAUUGACUUUUAAGAAAGCCGGUAUAGGUACUCAUUUUGAUAGUGCUGCACAUUUUUUUCAAGGAAAACGCUACGUACAUGAGUAUCCAAUUGCAGAAUUAAUAUCACCAGCAGCUGUAAUUAAUGUUACUCAGCAAAGUGAACGUGAUAGAGAUUAUCAAGUUACACAACAGGAUAUUAUCAAUUGGGAAAAAACACAUGGCAGUAUACAGAACGGUUCAUUUGUUAUUGCUAAUACUGGUUGGAGCAAAUACUGGAAUGACCCGAAAAAGUUUAUAGGUCUUGAUGAAAAGAAGGUACGACAUUUUCCUGGAUGGGGACAAGAAGCCGCACAAUAUUUGCUUGAUAAGGGUGUACGUGGUUUGGGUAUCGAUGUCGCUAGUAUUGAUGCUGGUAAUAACAAUACAUUUGGUGCUCAUCAUGUCUUUUUAAAAGCGGAUAAAUACUUGGUAGAGAAUAUCAAUAUUGGUACGGAAAAUAGCAAUACAUUACCGGAUGUUGGUGCAACUAUAUUUAUCUUACCAAUACCGAUCGAAAAUGGUAGUGAAGCACCAGCAAGAAUCAUAGCAUAUGCAUAA